AUGGAGGCCAAGACGCAACGAACAAAGGAAUGCCUGUACGAGCACAAACUCCCCGUUCUAGGCGUAACAUGGGGGACCACGGUGGCUGUCAGUAUGGAACUCAUGGCACGCGAGCGUUUUACAACAGGCGCCCGGAAGCUAGUCCGGGCGCGAGUUUUUGCUCAGGCAUCCACAUUAGCGGCCCUCAUUGUUUUGGCGCUCAUGGAGGCCAAAGACAUGAAAGAAGGAAAAGGGAAGCGGCAGAGAGUUCUUGGUGGUGGACCCGAACGAUCCUGA